AUGUGCAGCAAUAAAAUUCAAAUGUGUGAGACCAAAGAAAGUGAUUCGAAUUAUUUGUAUGGUCAAGAAAAUUCAGCAAAUCUUUUGGAUUUAAAUCAGAAUCAUAAAAAUAAUAAAAUUCAUUCGCCAUCGCCAAUUCAUUCGUCAUCAUCAUCGGUGUCGUCGAUAUCGCCUGGUGAUGUUGGAACGACGACACAUCAACCGACCGAAGCAUCUUUAGUGCCUGACAUAAAUCAACACCAAGCAAGUGGUUACGAACGUCCCACGGAACCUUUUUUCCCAAUCCCAGUGAAUAGUUCCAACGGUAUCUCACCAAUGGAUCAGUACAGACUUCAGUUCUACAAUUAUGCAAUGGUUGAACGAUUAAGAAAUCAAAACACAUCAACUUUACAACAUCUUUAUCAGCCUGUUGCAGCUUAUGGAUCUCGUCUUGCCUUAUCUAUGUCUUUAUUCCAUAAUCGAGUGUUUCAACCUGAAGAACCCAAACCACAACAUAGUUACAUUGGUCUCAUUGCUAUGGCCAUUCUUAGUGCUCCCGAUCAAAAACUUGUCCUUUCUGAUAUUUAUCAGCACAUAUUAGACAAUUAUCCUUACUUUCGUAGUCGUGGACCCGGCUGGCGUAACUCGAUCCGACACAACUUAUCUCUCAACGAUUGUUUUAUCAAAUCGGGCCGAUCGGCUAAUGGAAAAGGCCAUUAUUGGGCUAUUCAUCCAGCAAAUAUUGAUGACUUCAAAAAAGGCGACUUUCGGCAUAAUGAUGAACAUUCAAGAAUCGAGUCCCAGUUAAAUCCCAGUAAACGAAUAAAUAUGACAACAACACAAGAAGCAGAAGAUGAAGACAUUGAUGUUGUUGCUAAUGAUGAUGUUUUAAGUGAGAAUGCGAAUCACCGACGGAUAAAUUCAGAAAUAAAAUCACACAAUGAAGACGGUUUUUAUGCGAAUCAUCGGCCGUCGUGGAACAGCAUAGUGCAACAUUUACCUCUUGGAAUUAAUGGCAUGGAUCCACGGAUUAUUGGAAGAUGUUAUGGUCAGUACAUGGCACAACAUCAUGUGGUGAAUAAAAGACUGUUCAAUAGCUUAAGUUUCAACAGUAGCCAUGUCGAUGAAGCGGCUGGAAAAUUCCCUGAAAACAAUGAACAACUCAUCGAGUCGGGAAAGCGAGAUGUGGAAUAA